GCAGAGUGACAGCAGAUGGCCUCACUGAGUGUCAGGUGUGGUGCGGCCGCUUCCCGCGUGGACCUCCGCGCGGACACCCGCGCUUAUCAGCCCGAGCAAAGCACUCCGCUUCUGGAGGUGGCCCGGGACACAGAAGGCCAAUGGGCUAUGGGGGCAGGGCCUAGUCUCACCACCCUGCUCGGUGGGUGUGUCUGGGUGUGCGAGCCACUGAGAACGUGGAGGCGGGGCCUACAUCGGAGCAGAAAAUGGCGGCGGCCACGGAAUCUCUGUCCGCCUGCCGCCAUGCUGCCCCUGUGUCUGUGUCAGCUGUGCCUACGUCGGCUGCGACCCCGCAGCCCUCCCACCCGGCUCUUCGCAGAGGCCGCCCGGCAGCGGUCUGACCCCAGGAACUACUAUGAACUGUUAGGGGUGCAUCCUGGUGCCAGCACUGAAGAAGUAAAACGAGCUUUCUUCUCCAAGUCCAAAGAGCUGCACCCUGACCGGGACCCUGGGAACCCAACCCUGCACAGCCGCUUUGUGGAGCUGAGUGAAGCAUACCAAAUACUCAGCCGGGAGCAGAGCCGCCGUGAAUAUGACUACCAACUCCGCUCAGCCACUCCCCCGAAGUCUCCAGGAACCACAGCCCAUGCCAAGUCUGCCCAUCAAGCACACAGCAGCUCCUGGACACCCCCCAAUGCACAGUACUGGGCCCAGUUUCACCGUGUGAGGCCUCAGGGACCAGAGUCGAGGCAGCAGCAGCGCAGACACAACAAGCGGGUGCUGGGGUACUGCCUCCUCGUCAUGCUGGCCGGCAUGGGCCUGCACUAUGUUGCCUUCAGGAAGCUGGAGCAGAUGCACCGCAACUUCAUGGAUGAAAAGGAUCGGAUCAUCACAGCCAUCUACAAUGACACUCGGGCCCGAGCCAGGGCCAACAGAGCCAGGCUCCAGCAGGAGCAACAGCAGAGGCAGCAACUGCAGCCACCGCUCGGGCCUCCCCCAGGCCCGGGGAUCAUGCCCCCCAGCGCCAGUCCUUGAGCCUCUCACCCAGAUGGAGCCUCAUGUGUAUUCCCUCUUGGGACACCCCAUUGCCCAAAACGCGUGCAAUAAAGUGAUUCUCUGC